AUGAAUAUAAUUACGUUAUUAUAAAAAUAAGAGAGAACAAAGAGAGAUGUACAAUAAUUGAUAGAAUGUUUAGGAUAGGUAAAGUUUUUAAAUGAAUUAAAAAAUGGUCAAAAAUUAUACUAGGCAACUUUAAGAGGAUUUGCAGAGAAAGCAUCACUUAUUCGAUAUGAAAAAGGUAAGUUUUUGAUUGAUUAAUGAAGAAUAGGGCACAUAAUUUGGAGGGAUGGGAUUAAAUAGGAGAAAUUAUUUAUAAUAUUAAAUGGGAGAGUUUAAGAGUACGUGUAGUUAGAUGAUGAAGAAGUGAAUAAAAAGAGAAAUAAUCUAAUAGAAAGAUAUCCAGAAUGCUAGAAUUUAUUUAUGAAUAAGCCAGGAAGAAGAAUAGUAUAUGAAUACGAAAGUGAAACAAGUGAUUUGAUAAAAGCUUCAAUAAAUGAUAAUAUGAGAAGAAGAAGAAGCCUUGUUUUUGAAAUUCCUUGUAUGAUAGAUGUACCUCUGAUAAGGAGUUCUUCUGUAAUGUAGAAGAAUGUAUAGCCAUUUUAAAAGAUAACUGUUAAUGAAGUAUGUUAGAUUGUAUAAUAUAUACCAGGCUCCAUUAUCUUAUAUGAUCAUAUUGAGUAAGGAAGUGAAAGAAUGUUUAAGAGAUGUGAAGUUGAUAAAUGAUUACCAUUUGUAAUACUUCAUUUAAGAAUUCGUUUUGGCUGUUAGAUAAGGCAGAAUCUUUUAAAAUGGGGAUUUGUUGAACUCUGAUAUUUAGAGAAAGAAGUUUGAUAAUACACUGUUAUGUGUAGAGGACACAAUAAUAAUGUAAAUUGGAUUAGAAGAUUAUCAUAAUAUUGAGAUUCAUUUGAAUUUAAGGAAAUAAUAGAAAAUUUGGGAUAUUAUUUAUAAUGGUUUGUUUGGAAAGAGUAAAGUGAAUUAAGAAGAAGCUAAUCAAAUCAUGAAAGUAUUAAUUAAUAAAUAUACAACCAAAAAGUACACUUAAUAUAAUGUGGUAUAUGUUUAGGGAGAAGUUUAAAAAUUAAUAUAUAUUGUUAAGGAAGGAGAAUUUUAAUUAUCGUUUGAUAAUCAUACUUAAGAGAAUGUUUUAUAAUCGACAACAGUUAUUGCCAAGGUGAGUUAAGGAUGUUUGUUAGGUGAAGAGUCUUAUACAUCUAAUAGGCAUAUCUUUAAAUGUAUAAGCAUAUCAUCUAAAAAUAAAAUUAUUGGUUUAAGUAUUCAUGAUUUAGAAGCUCUUGGACAUAGAUUUGUUUGGUUUAGGGAUUUAUUGAAAAACAAAGAGAGAAUCAAGUAAUAAUGGUUGAAGACAAGAAUGAAUGAAAAUGUGCAUUUUAGUUUAAAAUUAAAUGAAAAAUAUCAAACUUUUGAAGAAGAAAAAAAAUUGAUUAGCGAAUUCAUAAUGCCUGAUCCCGGAGUUUAAAUUACAUAGUUCUAAAGAUUGUAACCAAGAUGUCCUAAAAUGAUAACACCUUCACCAUUAAAACGUCCUAAAUUAAUUAAAGAAAUUAAAACUUAAAAGAAUAUUAAUAAUAGUAGAAGUAAUAGUAAAGGAAGAAAUAAAAAAAUUGAGAAUUUGAAUAUAUUUGGAAAUGAAAUCCUAUGUGAAUUGGGUAUAGGAAAAAUUGCAACUUAAAAUACCAAAAUUAGCAGUUUUGAUCCAGUUGAUCACUCACUUACAUAUAGAGAUACUAGUAGACUUUUACUCAAUAAAAUUCGAAAAACAUCAAAUUACAACUCUUCUCAACCAAUUUCUCAUAGAGAAAAUAGUACUACGACUAAUGAUAUUGAUGUUGUACCAAUGAUAAUGAAUAUGAGCAAGAAUUAACUCCAAUUUCUAAAAACUAUGGUAGGUAAAUUUAACUAUAAGAUUUCUCAUCCUACUGAAUGCUUUAAUUAAUCAAGUACACCUGUUUUAAUCCAAAGUAUCUACCCAAAAAAGAUUGUCAGAAGAACAUGGUAAGGAUAUGAUUGA